GUUUUCAUUCAUUCUUUUAUAAAAGCCGAUUGUCGACACUUAAAAAAAAUUGUAUUCACUUGGCGCCUAUUUGUAUUGUAACCGGCGUUUUCAGUUUUUGUUGAUUUAAUUAUUCAAGAGGAGUCUCAAGGAUAAUCUUAAAUAUAAUCGUCCGACAUGGCUACAGACGUUACAAAAUCAGUUGAAGACGCAGAAAUGACGGAAUGUGAGGAAGAUAAAGUUGUAACAAUGAUGGACGUCUUGCAGGAACAAGAAAAUUUUGAAGAAGAUGCUAACGCUGUGUUGGGAGGUUCCGAUGAUAAAAACUGUACAUAUUCUAAGGGCUACAUAAAGAGACAAGCAUUGUACGCCUGCAUGACCUGCUGCUCUGAAGCGAAAUCUGACCCAGCUAAGAGAGCAGGUCUUUGUCUAGCCUGCAGCCUCACUUGUCAUGAAAAUCAUGAACUUAUAGAACUGUAUACUAAACGCAAUUUUAGAUGUGACUGCGGCAACUCAAAAUUCAACUCUAAUCCUUGUCAGUUAGCACCCAAAAAAGCAAAUUUUAAUGAGGAGAAUAGUUACAACCAGAAUUUUAGUGGAGUAUACUGUGUGUGUCGGAGGCCAUACCCCGAUCCAGAUUGUGAAACUGAAGAUGUAAUGAUCCAAUGUACCAUAUGCGAGGACUGGUACCACGGCACACAUUUAGAAACAACUGUCCCUAACAGUGAACUCUACACAGAGAUGAUUUGCAAAGGAUGUAUGGAAAAAUAUGACUUUUUACAUUCCUACAGUUACAUGGUUGUAAAUGUUGAAAGCUCCGAUGUUGAUGUCAUUAAUGUUCCUGAGAAUGGAAUUAAAACUCGCAAUGGAGACUUCAAAACAGAUGCCACAGCUGUUGAAGAUAGUGAAAGGUCUCAGGAAAAUGAAGAUAUUAGCCUCACUCCUAAAAAAGAAAUUUCUUCUAUUGAUGAAAACAUUGAAGAAAAUAAAAAGAAAGUAGAAAAUGAUGGAACAAAUAAUUCUAAGAUGGAAGGUAUUUCUGAUGUUGAUGUUAGUGUUGAGAAUCCUUCAAGUGAAAGUCUCAUAACUUGUAACAAUAAAGACAACACUGAUAUUAAAGAGGAGGGAAGCAAUGCAGACAAUACCAAUGACCGAGAUACUAGUAGUGACCAGAGCCAAGAUAUUAUCAAUAGUGAGAUCCAACGAGACAUGGAACUAAACACAAAUAAUACUGCAAAAGAAAUCGAAGACAAAAAUGCUAUGAAAACAACUAGCGAGGUGAAAAAUAGACAAGAUGAAAAUACAGAUGAAGAGAAGCCUCUGGUAGAUUAUGAAAGUGAAAGCUGCAAGUCAAAAAUGAAUUUAGAUAUCACAGAAACAAGUCAGGAAGAUAUUAAGACUACACAUGAGAACGGGAAAAUGUAUAAAAAAAAUGAUGCUGACAAUACUAUCAACAGAACAAGUGAGUUAAAUAACUUAGAAAAAGGAGAAGGGACAGAGGAAAAAACGGAAAACUUGGCAUCUCAUGAUGAAAAAGAUGUGGUACAAAACACAUCAAAAGGAAAGGAAACAAAAAAUGAAGGUGGUGGUAACUGUAGCAAUCCUGUUGACAGUAAUUAUACAGACGCUGCUACUGAUGAAGUAACAGGGGACAGCAAUCACACAGGAUCAGAAAAAAGAAAACUUUCCACAGAAGAAACAACAGAUAGUUCAGUGAGUAAGAAAAGUAAAUUAGGAGAGGUGACUGACAAACCAUGCACUUGUCCUAAAAAUGACAAAAAAGUGUACAGAGGAGCAACAUUCUGGCCCUCAACCUUCCGCCAGAGACUCUGCACAUGCAAUGAAUGUCUGAGCAUGUAUAAGGACCUGUCUGUUAUGUUCCUUAUGGACACUGAAGACACAGUCGUCGCGUACGAGAGCUUGGGCAAGGAGAAAACCAACGGUAAGCCAUCACAGUAUGAAAAGGGGCUCCAAGCACUUUCAUCGCUGGAUAGAAUCCAACAGAUCAAUGCCUUGACAGAGUACAACAAAAUGAGAGACAAGCUAUUAGACUUCCUUAAAAGCUUCAAGGACAGGAAAGAAAUUGUCAAGGAGGAAGACAUCAAAGCAUUCUUUGCCGGAAUGAAGCCCAAGAGGGAACCAGAGGGUGUGUACUUUUGUCGGUGAUCACCAAGCUGAUGUCAUAUUUUUGAAUCUUUAUCCUUCCAGGUUUAAGGACAAAGUGCUUUAAUUUUGUAGAACUUGACAGAUUAAAUAAUUUUUAUUUUA